AUGUAGUGCCAUAUCACUACCUUCCUUCCUGGUGUCGCUGAAAACAACAAAAAUUGAAGUGCAAAUGCUUGUCCAGCUCUGCCCUUUUGCAAGCUUCUCCUUUCCUAACCUAGCAUUGCUGCGUAAUUAAGAGCGAAACGACGUAAAGCACGCGCGAGAUGACUCUGUGGAAGCUUGUCCCAACAUCCCUGCUCGCAGCGCAGCUCUGCCAGCAGAAGUUUGGCUCCAGCGCCGAGCUGCUGUUGAAAGUUCCAUUCCGAAUCGGUCGCAAUGUAUCUGGGCCGGACACGCUACGCCUUCCAGCCGAACUGACGCAGUUCUCGGGCUCCCACUGCCGCAUCUUCUAUGACCCGAAUGUGGCCCGAGCAGGACGUGGCCAUCCCCAACUACCUAGACACGCCGUGGCUCCACCAGAUGGACAUGGCGUUUGAGAGCCUGGGCGGCGGCAGGUACAAGCCCAAGCCAGUGGACCGGCCCUACCUGUUCCAUUUCCACGGCUUCAGCAAGCCUGACAUGGCCUACAGCGGCGGUGUGCGCCAGGGCUUGUUGGCCAUGUUCAAAAACAUGUCGCGACCGGAUGUGCUCAUCAACAAGGGCGCCGGCCCGUCCUUCACCGCCAAGUUCGAGUUCUGUUUGGCGCCGCUGGGGUACGGCUGGGGCAUCCGCUUCACACAGGCCAUGUUCACGGGCUGUGUGCCAGUGCUGAUCCAAGACCACAUCUACACGUACUUCUGGGACGUGGUGCCGUACGAGAAGUUCUCCAUCCGCGUCAGCCGCCACAACCUGCACCGCCUGUUCGACAUCAUCGAGGCGGUCACGCCGGAGCAGCUGGCGGAGCUGCAGCAGGGCGUGGCGGACUACCACCAGCACUUCAGCUGGCACGGGCGGCACGGCGGCCUGGCCUACAACAACACCAUGACCAGCCUGCACCGCCGCCUGCUCAACAUGUGGACGGCGUUGUUCCCGGGAACCACAUGAGAUAUGACGUGAGAGAGAGAGAGAGAAGUGAAAGUGGCCUCGAGAUGACCAAGGCCGCCGAGCAGCACUGGGGCCGCCCGCUGAAUGACCCCUUAUUUUGAGCGACAGGCUAUUUCCUAUCAAGAAGGAUAGCGGGUUUGCACAUGAGCGUGGUGGGCAUGCGGGGACAUUGGAAGAGGCAUGAUACGUACUUGAGGAGUCAAGCUUGGCAGGAGGGCGGGGUGCGCGCAGGGUGCAGGGCACCAGUUCCGGGUAGCUGUGUGUGUCCGAAGGGGAUAGCCUGGGUUAGCCUUCUCGACGCGACGUUGUGCCCGCUGGCUUUCUCGGCUUCGCAUUGUUUGUCUUGAAAGCAUUCUCGAUAGCGGCUUCGCGGUGCCGUCGGAGGGCGUGAGGACGCUGGUGAGCCGCCGUGAGGGGAAGGCAGAGCGGGGAUGCGGAUAAUGCACGGUUCCGAGAGAACGGUGACGCCGCAGUAGCGCUUGACCUGGCUCUAAGGCGCUUCGAAUGAGUUUACGAGGGCGUGAGGACGCUGGUGAGCCGCGGGGUGGCAUGGGGAUCCGGAGCAGGCAUAGUGCCGACGGCACCGUGGCGCCGCAAUAGCGCUUGAUCUGGCGCUUCGAAUGAGUUUAUGGUAGAUAGGAUAGCAGCUAGACAUGGCGGCUCGGGCCGCCGCGCGUAUCGGCAUAUGCACAGCGCCGGUCUGCCUGGGUGCUUGGCAGCACUGACAGGACAACAAGUCGUGUAACACCGAUGCAUU